CAAUUGAAACUAUCGGUAUAUUAUACCAAUACAAAACAAUCGAAUUGGAAAUUGGAAACAUCGAUGUGGUCAACAAUCUUUACAGUCCUACUUCAAGAAAAUGUCGAAAAUAAUCCAAAUACCAGUACAUACAGAGAAGCUGUUGACUAUAUUCAGAACAAUUAUACCCAAACUGAGUAAUGGAAAAUAUAAAGGUCAAUAUGGUCGCAUCGGUGUAAUCGGCGGAUCCCUGGAAUAUACUGGAGCACCCUAUUUUGCAGCAAUAACUGCUAUGAAAGUGGGUGCGGACUUGUCACACGUUUUCUGUCAUACUGAAGCGGCAACAGUUAUAAAAUCAUACAGCCCCGACCUAAUUGUGCAUCCUGUUCUGGACCGUGACGAUGCUGUGGAACAAAUUAAACCAUGGAUCGACCGAUUACAUGUUCUUGUAAUUGGACCAGGCUUAGGGCGAGAUACUCGUAUUCUUAAAACCGCAACAGAUGUUAUGAAGCUAUGCCUUGAGAUUGGGAAACCCAUUGUGGUCGACGCAGAUGGGCUGUUCAUACUGAACGAUAAUAUCGAGCUAGUAUGUGGCCAACGGGACGUUAUAUUGACGCCAAAUGCAAUCGAAUUUCAAAGAUUAUUUGGCAAAGAUGUCGCGACUGCACGCGAAAGGAUGUCACUGCUUGGCGAUGGGGUUGUGAUCCUUGAAAAGGGCGCCAAUGAUAAGAUCCAUAUACCACACACCAAUGAAGUGUACACCAUGCCAACGGGUGGAUCCGGCCGGCGUUGCGGUGGUCAGGGCGACUUAUUAAGCGGUUCGCUGGCAACGUUUUUUUAUUGGUCUUUGCAGUCCAACCAACCCAAUCCGGCAUAUUUAGCUGCUUGUGCCUCAAGUUAUUUCGUGAAAAAAAUCAAUUUCGCAGCAUUUCAAAAGCUAGGACGCAGUAUGGUCGCCAGUGAUAUGAUAAAGGAGAUAUCGGCAGUGUUUAACGCUGAGUUUGAAAACACCAAUUUUAGUUCUCAGUAGGAUCUUGUCUUGAAUUGCAGUGUAUAGAUUAUAGGUGUCCGAACCAAAGUCCAUAAUAGUCACGUCUAUUUCAAAGCUAGUUAGUUAGUUGGUUACUAAAUUCUUUACCAGAGUAGAAGAAAACUAAAAUGUUUAUUUAACAAGGAGAUCUGAACAGUGACUGAUUUUAAAUUGAAUUUAUUCUUAACUUGAAGAGCGUAAAAUGGAAUAAGCUCUCAGCUUCGGCUCCCCGAUAUGCGUGAGAACUAGAGACUUGAAAUCUUAGACGUGGGUCCUAGUGUCCGUACAGUACGAAUUUGUUGCCGAUUAUUAGAAUCGGUAGAAGCUUUAGGGUUUCUUCUAGUCGUACAAGUUUUCAAAUUCCAAAUAUUUCAACUUGAAUGUUUUACCGUUGAAUCGUCAAUUUUGUAUGUGUUAAGCUUGCUCCGGAAUGCAAGUAUAUGCGUUUAACAGAUUCAAUCUUUGUUAAAUUCAAAUUAGUGAUAUAUAUUUACCUUCAGUAAUACCAAAUAAAAUUCACCCUAGUUCCAAAUAAG